AUGGUUGAUGGUAUGGAGACACAAACAACUGCAGAAACUCAGACACCAGCAGUUGAUGGUACCGUGACACCAGCGGUUGAUGGCACUAAGGAACCAACAACUGUAGAAACUCAGACAUCAACGGUUUAUAGUUCUGAGGAACCAACAACUGCAGAAACUCAAAAACCAAUUGUUGAUAGUACUAGGGAACCAACAACUGCAGAAACUCAGACAUCAGCUGUUGAUGGUACUGAGGAACCAACAACUGCAGAAACUCAAAAACCAAUUGUUGAUAGUACUAAGGAACCAACAACUGCAGAACCUCAGACCCCAGCUGUUGAUGGUACUGAGGAACCAACAACUGCAGAAACUCACUCAACAAUGGUUGAUGGUACUGAUACACAAACCACUGCAGAAACUCAGAUAACAGUGUUUGAUGGUACUGAGGAACCAGCAACUGAAAAAACUCAGCCAUCAACCUCUAAGAGUACUAAGGAGCCAAUACCUAAAGUAACAACCCAAAAACCAACAGCCACAACAAAAAAAUCAACAAACUGCUUAAAAAUGUAUGAUCCAGCUACUGGAAGUAUAUCUUGCUAUAUACCACCUAAAAAAAUCCAGACAACAACAACUAAAAUUACCGAUUCACCAAUGGUUAAUGCAACCCAAAAACCAACAAAAUAUGGUACUGAGAAACCAACAACUGAAGAAACUCAGACACCAGCUGUUGAUGUGACUAGGGAACCAACAACUGCAGAAACUCACUCAACGGUGGUUGAUGGCACUGAGACACAAACAACUGCAGAAACUCAGACAACAGCGUUUGAUGGUACUGAGGAAUCAGUAACUGAGAAAACUCAAACAUCAGCCUCAAAGAGUACUAAGAGGCCAAUACCUAAAGUAACAACCCAAAAACCAACAGCCACAACAAAAAAAUCAACAAACUGCUUAAAAAUGUAUGAUCCAGCUACUGGAAGUAUAUCUUGCUAUGUACCACCUAAAAAAAUCCAGACAACAACAACUAAAAUUACCAAGGAACCAAUCGUUAUAGAAACCCAAAAACCAAUAAAAAAUGGUACUGCGGAACCUACGACUAAAGAAACUCAGACACCAUCCGUUGAUGUUUCUGAGGAACCAACAACUCUAGAAACUCAGUCACCAGUGGUUGGUAGUACUGCGGAAACUACAACUGAAAAAACUCAGACACCAUCCGUUGAUGUUACUGAGGAACCAACAACUCUAAAAACUCAGUCACCAGUGGUUGGUAGUACUGCGGAACCUACAACUGAAGAAACUCAGACACCAUCCGUUGAUGUUUCUGAGGAACCAACAACUCAAGAAACUCAGUCGCCAGUGGUUGGUAGUACUGCGGAAACUACAACUGAAGAAACUCAGACACCAUCCGUUGAUGUUACUGAGGAACCAACAACUCUAGAAACUCAGUCGCCAGUGGUUGUUAGUACUGCGGAAACUACAACUGAAAAAACUCAGACACCAUCCGUUGAUGUUACUGAGGAACCAACAACUCUAGAAACUCAGUCACCAGUGGUUGGUAGUACUGCGGAACCAACGACUAAAGAAACUGGGACACCGGCCGUUGAUGUUUCUGAGGAACCAACAACUCUAGAAACUCAGUCGCCAGUGGUUGGUAGUACUGCGGAACCUACGACUAAAGAAACUCAGACACCGGCCGUUGAUGUUACUGAGGAACCAACAACUCUAGAAACUCAGUCACCAGUGGUUGGUAGUACUGCGAAACCUACAACUGAAGAAACUCAGACACCAUCCGUUGAUGUUACUGAGGAACCAACAACUCUAGAAACUCAGUCACCAGUGGUUGGUAGUACUGCGGAACCAACAACUGAAGAAACUCAGUCACCAGUGGUUGGUGGUACUGCGGAACCAACAACUGAAGAAACUCAGUCGCCAGUGGUUGGUGGUACUGCGGAAACUACAACUGAAAAUACUCAGACACCAUCCGUUGAUGUUUCUGAGGAACCAACAACUCUAGAAACUCAGUCACCAGUGGUUGGUAGUACUGCGGAACCUACGACUAAAGAAACUGGGACACCGGCCGUUGAUGUUUCUGAGGAACCAACAACUCUAGAAACUCAGUCACCAGUGGUUGUUAGUACUGCGGAAACUACAACUGAAAAAACUCAGACACCAUCCGUUGAUGUUACUGAGGAACCAACAACUGAAGAAACUCAGCCGCCAGUGGUUAGUAGUACUGCGGAAACUACAACUGAAAAUACUCAGACACCGGCCGUUGAUGUUACUGAGGAACCAACAACUCUAGAAACUCAGUCACCAGUGGUUGGUAGUACUGCGGAAACUACAACUGAAAAUACUCAGACACCGGCCGUUGAUGUUACUGAGGAACCAACAACUGUAGAAACUCAGUCACCAGUGGUUGGUAGUACUGCGGAAACUACAACUGAAAAUACUCAGACACCGGCCGUUGAUGUUACUGAGGAACCAACAACUGUAGAAACUCAGUCACCAGUGGUUGGUAGUACUGCGGAAACUACAACUGAAAAUACUCAGACACCGCCGUUGAUGUUUCUGAGGAACCAACAACUGAAGAAACUCAGCCGCCAGUGGUUAGUAGUACUGCGGAAACUACAACUGAAAAUACUCAGACACCGGCCGUUGAUGUUACUGAGGAACCAACAACUGUAG